AUGCUCAGAUAUUUGGACAGAGUGGCCAAGCAACUGGAGUCCUUGCAAGAAGACAUCAAAGGGAUGAAUGACAGGAAGCUGGCCGCCACCUCACUCCUUCCUGCAGUCUCUUAUGCCAUAUGCAAACAUUCGGCUACGACCCUGGACAGCGAGGGUGGCUGUGCAGCUUUGGAGGACCUAUUUCCCGCGACAGGCGGUGUGCUGACCUGCGAGACGUUUACGAUCGCGAAGAUGCGAUGGCCCACCGAGGAGAUGAUCCUGCUGCCGUUCAUCUCCGCAAGUCCCGACCCAAGCCUCGGUGAUCGCCUCGGCCGGGUGCCUCUCCACGAAGCCGCGGAGGAGGGUCAUACAGAAGUGGUGCGUUUGCUGAUUGAGGCCCAGGCAGACCUUGAGGGGAGGUGCGAGGAGGGGAGCACCGCUCUACACUCGGCUUCUCGCCGUGGGCACGUGGAAGUGCUGCGAGUGCUCAUGGAGGCCAGUAUCGACCAGAACGCACAGGAUGACGAUGGCAUCACAGCUCUUCACAUAGCAGCUUCCCAAGGUGAUGGGCGAGUGGUGCGAUUUCUGUUGGAGGCGGACGCAGACGCAUCUUUGUGCGACAACGACAGCUGCACCGCUCUUCACUAUGCGUCCUUCGAGAAUGGGCUCGCAGAGGUGGCGCGCUUGCUACUGGAGGCCCGCGCGGACCCGGACGCUCUGGAUACGUAUGGUCGGACAGCACUCCACUUGGCGGCCGACAACAACCUGGAAGAAGUGGCAGGCGUACUCCUGGCAGCCACUGCGGCCAAGAACGCGGCUGACGGCUCGGGUCGGACGGCUCUUCACACCGCAUCGAUGGCCGGCAGCGAGGGGCUGGCACGGCUGCUCCUAGAAGCCGGUGUUGGCACUCGCGUGGCCGACGAUCACGGCUGCACUGCGCUUCACCUUGCCUCUGCUGGUGGUCACGCGGGAACCGUACGCCUGCUCCUGCAAGCUGAAGCUCGCCCCGACGCGCAAGACUCGAGCGGCCGGACAGCACUGCACUGCUGCACGUCUUCUUCAGCCGAGCGCUCACAGCAGCUGGAAGUGGCACGCUUGCUUUUGGAGGCCGGCGCGGACGACACUGUGGCAGAUAAUACUGGACGCAUGCCGCUGGACUAUGCAGACUUCCCCGAGCUGGCGCGUUUCUAG